ACAUGCGCGAACUAUGCGAAUUCUUGGCGUGGAGAAGUCGGCCAUUUUGGGCGAAAAACAAGAAUUUACAAAGUGAUCAAUGGAAAUAAUUUGACAUGAAUCGCGUUGCUCUGUGGUUGAAUUAUAAAUUAAUUCUCUUGGAUGUAUAGGUUAGCACUUACACUAUAUACAUACAUGGAGGAAACCCCAUUUUCCAGAGUAUUAAGUGUAAAAUCUUCGCCGACACUGCAAGGACUGUGACUUCAUCUAUUUUCGUUACGAGACUGUCAAAAUAUUCUUGUUGUGUAUUCUUUUCCGAAGGGCAUUCUGCAUAUACCUCUGUGUCAAUCAACAUUUUUAUUUAAUGUUCGACCUCCAUUUGGCAUAUGUUUUGAGACGCCGUUGAAUUGAACGUUGUCGAUUCUUUUCGUUUUUAGUGAUCAAAAUGGAAACUUAAAAUUUUCGGUCACAACGAAUAAGCACAACUGAGAAACAACCAAGCAUGUCGACACCGGGAACUAGGGCUCCCCUGCAGACAGUGCAUGAGUCUUUGACAUCCGAACAUCGCAAAGAUGAGAAAUCCAGCACAAGAAUAUCGUCUUCAAAACCCAGGACAGAUGAGCCACACAUUGGAAAAUACAGGCUUAUUAAAACCAUUGGCAAAGGAAACUUUGCUAAGGUGAAGUUGGCCAAGCAUGUUCCAACUGGAAGAGAGGUUGCCAUCAAGAUCAUAGACAAAACACAACUCAACCCCUCUAGCUUACAAAAGUUAUUCCGUGAAGUUAGAAUAAUGAAAAUGCUAGAUCAUCCAAAUAUAGUGAAAUUAUUUGAAGUGAUAGAAACAGAAAAGACACUUUACUUAGUAAUGGAAUAUGCAAGUGGAGGUGAAGUCUUUGAUUAUUUAGUUGCUCACGGUAGAAUGAAAGAAAAAGAAGCCAGGGCCAAAUUCAGACAGAUCAUAUCAGCCGUUCAGUAUUGUCACCAGAAGAACAUUGUACACAGAGAUCUGAAGGCUGAGAAUCUGCUUCUGGAUGCUGAUAUGAACAUCAAGAUAGCAGACUUUGGCUUCAGCAACGAGUUUGUGCCCGGUAACAAGCUGGACACUUUCUGCGGGAGUCCACCGUACGCUGCCCCCGAACUGUUCCAGGGGAAGAAGUAUGAUGGUCCAGAGGUGGAUGUAUGGAGCUUAGGGGUCAUACUCUAUACACUAGUCAGUGGAUCUCUACCAUUUGAUGGCCAAAAUUUGAAGGAAUUGAGAGAACGGGUUUUACGUGGAAAAUAUAGAAUUCCUUUUUACAUGUCAACUGACUGUGAAAGUUUGUUGAAACGUUUUUUAGUGUUAAAUCCAACAAAAAGAGCCAGUUUAGAGCAAAUUAUGCGAGAGAAGUGGAUAAAUUUAGGCAUGGAGGAGGAUGAACAACUGCGGCCGUUUAUAGAAAAUAGCACAAACGUAUUAGACCCUGUCCGCAUAGAUAUCAUGGUUAACAUGGGCUACAGCCGUGGCAGUAUAGAGGAGUCCGUGAAGCAGCAGAAGUUUGAUGAUCUACAGGCCACAUACCUGCUACUGGGCAGGAGGACCACUGAUUUGGAAGGCAGUGAUCGUUCUGGCAGCAGCCAGUCCCUGCGGCACCUGCAGACCUCAACGACAUCCAAUCGGCAGGGGACAGAGGGCCAGGCUAACAACCACUCUCCAAACAAGGGGGUCAGCCGGAGCCAGUCAGCUACGAACAGUGGCCAGAGAGGUCCGAGGCGCCAUAGUCAUGGCGGAGAUAAUAAUGCGCAUGGUAGUAUGAAACGUGGUCAGGCCAAUGCAAGCCAGUCUAGCAGCCAGUCGGCGCGGCGACAGAACACCGCCGAGACCAGCAGCUCAACGAAGGAGAACAUCAUCUCAGGCAGGAAAACCCCUUCAGCUGUAGACUCACCUAAGAUCAACUCUGCGAGUCCGGGUCGCGCCACCAUUCCCAAGAAGCCGAGUUCUGCGACGCCCACGGCAAAGAACAGCGUGAUGAACAAGAGCGUGCCCCAUCGUAGCGGUACGUUCAGCCCCGGGGACAAUCGCGUGCAGACGCCCAUCGAACAGAAGCCUCCCGCCAGGACCACCAAUGGCCAGGAUAUACGACAACUGACCAACUCAACUAAUGCCUCAGAUAUUAAGCCUGCCAAUCGUGAUGUGACUCGGCCCAAGCAUGUGAAAUCGGCCAGCAGUUCACACCCAAAACCCAUGGACUUGCCCCCACUUGAUGCUGAUUACAGACCCACCACUGCCCCUGGGAAUCCCUCAGUGCCUAUCAGUCCAGCAGCGCGGCCCUCCAACCCGCCUAUCCUGAACCGCAACAUCACGCACCGCAGUACAUUCCACGGCGGGGUGGUCCGGGACCGACGCACCAACUAUAACAACCCGGGCGGUGUACCCAUGCAGACUCAGGAUUGCAGCUCUGCCAUGAACACCACCGGGCGAUUCUCCAUCUUUAACAAACUCACCUCCAAAUUCAGCAGAAGACGUUUCAUAAGGGGCUUCGAAUACAGCAAAUUGUUCCGCAGGUCGAUCAACGAGGGUCAGCGUGAUGUUGGAGGUAUGGGCAUGCAUAACAUGGGUGGAGGGAGCGCGGGCAGCACGCCAUCGGGCGGCGUUGGGGAGUCCGUCAAACCCAGAUCUCUACGAUUCACAUGGAGCAUGAAAACAACGAGCUCCAUGGAUCCAAAUGAUAUGAUGAAAGAAAUACGCAAAGUUCUGGAUUCAAAUAACUGUGAUUAUGAGCAGAGGGAAAAGUUUCUACUUCUCUGUGUUCAUGGGGACCCUAAUACGGACAGUCUAGUGCAAUGGGAGAUGGAAGUCUGCAAACUACCCAGACUGUCCCUCAACGGGGUGCGAUUCAAACGCAUAUCGGGCACUUCCAUAGGAUUCAAGAACAUUGCUUCAAAAAUUGCCAAUGAGCUGAAGCUAUGACGUUAGAGAUGGUGAUGACCACAGUGAAUUUUAUUUAAGCUAUGAGAUUUUUAUGCACAAGUGGGCAUCAGAAUCUGCAAAAGAAGUGGAUUAUUUAUAUUGAUAGUUGUUUGGUUGUUAUGGCUGAGGCAGUGCACACGCACAUGGAUACACAUUUGACGUCACAAUCGUGGGCUGUAGUUUCUACCUUCGCUACUCGUAUAUUGUCAGUUCAUGUGUACUCUGUGCUGUUAAUCAAUAUUUAUCCUAAAUCAUGCUGAAAUCACAGCGCCCGAUGGGUUUGAACGUGCUGUCAGAUACAUAAUGGGAGUUGUUGUCUCUGCACUGGGCAUGAGGGUUUGCCUUUGUCAAACACCAUAGUGUUCAAAGCAUUCAUUCACAGUUUGUUAGUUGAUUUCACGGUAUCUUCCCUUGGGGGAUUCUAGGUGUUUUGCAAAAAUUGUGUGUUGUAAAGUUGGCAAAUGGUAUUAGUAUGUUUUGGGGGUAUCUGACUGUAGUUCAGACACAAACUGGGCUUGCAGGGUACAUUUAACUGUGGUCCACUUGAUGAAAGGGGUAUUCUGAAUAAUAACCCUAUGUAUUUACAAGAUAUUCAAUUAAUAUGGUGGUGUACCUUCAAUAUUCAGAAGUGAUGUCUUUUUAUGUCUGUCAAGGUAUAUCCAAUGUUAUGUUGGCGUAUUAGUUUUACUAUGUAUAAAGUGUAUAUAGUUUGUAAAAUAAUAUAUAACUAGUGACUUUCUUUUCGAUAUAAUAACAUAAGUAUGUACAAAGUGAAGAGAUAUUGUACAUUUUAGUCUAUUAAUUAAUAAUGGUUUUUAAAUGUUAAAGCAGUUUGCAUGCGUACAUAUAUACAUAUCCACUGCAUAGGUGUUACUAUAAUUUUACUUCUUUAUAUUCUGACAGUUACUGAAGAAAUGUUUCCUAAAUACUGCAACACAUGAAUCAAUUUGAUUGUUUUGUAGCCAAUCACAUUCUUAUCUGUAGAGGAAUGCAUUUUACAAACCUAACGAUCCAGUGCUUUUCCAGCCCUUGUUAUUGUUUUGCAUUCUUCAGAAUUGUUCUCAAAUGAUUUAUAAUAAUUAGUAUUAAAAACUUUGUAACUGUUGUACUGUGUAAUUAUGAAUAAGCAAUGAAUUUACUUUGUGAGUAACAACAAAAUAAGGAAGUCUACUACAUUAAUUUCGGCACACAAGUACAUCCGAAAUUAUUAAUGCCACCAGCUUCAUUCCUGAAAUAUUGAUUCCUUUAUGGAUAUUCCAAUAACUUAAGUGCCAAACACUUGAUAUUUCACAGAAAAUUGUCCAUGCAAGACCGGUUUGUCAUGUCAUCAACUGCAAAUAUAGUCAUCCCAAAAUCGUGAAUGUUUUGUACAUAACUUUAAUAAUUUGUGUUGACCCUCCCCAAACAGUGUGCAUCCCUUGUGUCCAAAAGUAUCAAUAUAAUUUAUUAUUGUGCUACUUGUAAAUAAAACAGAUUGGAAACUUUUUAUAAAGCAUAAUUCAUGAAAAUGUUUCUUUGAUAAGAGCUAUUUUGUGUAAAAGUUGAUAGCUGCAUACUCUAAAAUGCAUAUCCCACAAUAUUUUAUUUUAAUUAUUUAAGUAAUUGUGCAGUCCAUUUUCUUUAUUAUUUGCAUGGGGCAUUAAAUGGUAACUUAAAAGUUCCUCUUUUGAGGGAGAUCUGGUAUGUGAUGAAUUUGAGGUGCAAUCUAUCUAUGUAACAAAUCUGAAGGAACACAAUGUAGAGGCAGAGCAUCCCUAUAUGUGAGCUAAUAUCACUGGCACCAAUAAAAUGUACCGGUAAUGUUACCUAACAGGCGUGGUUGGAAACUGAAUUUACACAUUUUUAAUACGGAGUUGCUCUGAUGAAAUACUUGGGUAGUUUGGUGUGAAAUGAAUGAUGUUGCUUCAAAAACCGUUCUUACAAAUUAUCAUAAUUUGACUAGUAAUUUACCUUAUUGCACAUGGCUCCGUAGCAUUGUAUUUUUCUUGAAUGAAGGCUCAUAGAGUAUGUAAUUAUAAGAAUACAACAUUUCUUUUUAUUGCCUUGUUUACCAUCUUUAUAAGCAGGAAAACCAUUUAACAAAAGUUCCCUGAAUGUUUGUCAGGUGGUCAUUUGCUUCACAAAGGAAAAAAAUGCUUUGCAAAGACCCUCUAUAGAUGUUUAUUGUGAUUAAGCAGUUUGAACAAAAAUGUACAGGUCACAUUUGUGUAAUGAUGACUAGUAAGGUAUGUUUCAGAAGUAUGCACUACAAUUGUUCAGGUUCAACACUAAGUUAUGAAUCAUUUUAUCUAGAACUAAAUUUUGUACUAUCUCUGGGAAUGUAGCUAGAUACAAAAUAAUCAGACUCUGAACUACAUUUAUUAAACAGUAAGCUAUUUCUUGUUCAUCAGUAAUUAAUUCACCUCUGCUUGUUACCUUUGUAAGGCAGUUUUGCAAACUUGGACAAUCCAGUAUUUCUUUUAAAUUGCUUAGCAAUUCAUAACUUUGCUGUUAUUUGGGGCCGUAUUCCAGUAGCUUCUUAAGUUUUCACUUAAGUUAAGAAAUUUCUUAAAUAAAUUUCUAAAGUUAAAUUUGAAAUGUCAAAAACAAAACAUGAGACGCUUAGUAUUUCUCUUUAAGAAAUUCCUUUAAGAGUUAAAGGAAGUUUACUUAAUUUUAAAUAUAGAGAAAAGAUACACAGAGUAAAGAAAUUUAUUAAGUUUAUGAAGCUACCAGAAUUUCAUUCAAGUGAAAUCUUAUGUUUAAAGAAAAAAUGGCGGAGAUAAGAAAAAAUAUUGCGUAAUAUGUCUUAAGUUAUUUUUUAACUUAAGAAGCUACUGGAAUACGGCCCCAGAUUAGGUUCUAUUUGUUAUUAUUACUAGAUCAUGAUUGCCAUGCAUUAAGAUCACUGUAUUUAAUGCAGAUUUUAAUUUUGUGAGAUUAGGAAAUAUAUUAAUUGUGCUCUUGAAUUUAAAGUAUUUUUCAUAGAUGUUUGUUUUUAAAGUCAUUAAAAAUAAUAACGAUAAAACUGUCAAGCUCGUUCAUGUAACGAAAUCAUUCCCAUGAAUGCUUGCCUGAUUAUAUGUAGUAUCUUGUGACACUGUGGAGCUGUUUUAAACAAAUGAACUUUUAUGUAUUUUAAACUUACUCAGUUCUGUGUAUUUUGUUUGUUGAAAUAUUAAAUGCAAUGUCAGUUUGUAUCUUAAUUUUAUCUAUUGUUUUGUAAUGUAUUAACUACAUUUUUGAAGAUUAUUGAACAUUUUUAAAUAUGUGCAUCAUUUUGUCUUUGAAAACACAUAUUUUUGACACAAUAAUUUUAUUUCUUAAAAAAGAACAAAGCUCUGUUCUUGACAGGGAUCAUCAUACUCCAUUGUUUUUGCCAAAUCCACACCACCACUAGAGCAGUUACAAGUGUAUUAUAACUCUCAGUUACAAAGCAAACAAUGAAAAUGUCGCUAAAGGGUGCUUGUUCAGCGAUUUUGAGUGAAGGAACACCAUAUGAGACUAUAGUGCCUGUGAUAGUUGAAUCAUUCAGUGCCAUACUGUUUGAAUGUCUUACAGGUAUGAUGUGAAAUAAUGAUUUGACCUGCCUAUUUAGGCCCUAUUUUGUCAUUCUUUGAAGUGAUCACACACAGUUCUUAAUAUAUAAUGUGUUUAAACAGUGUUUCUUCGCUGAAAAUCAAUAUGUGAACAAUUGCCCUUGCAUAUAGUAUAAACAUUAUGUUGAGCAUGUAAACAAAGUUAAAAGCCGUCAAACCAGGGGCCUCUUUUGCUUUAUACAGAUUCAGGUUAUCUGUGAAAAUGUGACAAAUGUACAUUGCAGACACGAGGCCUCUGGUUGCCUUUUCAAGUAGAGUGCUCUCAACUGUGUCUCAUGCAGCCUCUGUUACUGUCUUUGCAUGCAAUUACUAUACUAAUCUAUUGAGUUGACUGAUGAUGCAAUUAUAAACUAAAUAUGUGACAAAACA